AUGUUCAUGUUUGGUCGGCGCGUGUCCUUGGACCUGGCCCUUCUGAUAUGGGGCUGGGGAUCGUGGCUCGGAGUCAACGGUAUCUUUGUGCAAUUGCCGCAGCUCGUCCAGAGAUUGCCCGAACAAUGGGCUCUAGGAUCAUCAGUCACGGUGGCCGUGCAAAUCGCAAACAGCGGUAUUCUCAUCUACGCCUUUGUAAUGAGAUUUCUGCCGAAGAUCACUGACGCUUUGUUCAUCUACGGAUUGCUGACAGUGGGCACAACAGCUCUCUUCCUUAACGCGUUUCUUUAUACAGAAACUGCAUACGUCGGUUCUACAGAGAAGUCAGUGACGUUUAUAGUUCUUACUGUUUUCACUGCUAUGGUGGGAACAACCAGUUCCGUGGUGUUUUAUCCGUACAUGAGAAACUUCCGAGAAAUGUACUUAUCUACGUACUUAGUUGGCGAGGGCUUCGGUGGGCUGCUACCGGCGAUUCUUUCGCUCAUACAGGGUAUUGGAGGGCCACCAGAAUGCCGACUGUCAUCAGAUGGUAACUCGAUGGAGGCCAUUUACCCGUCUGCCCGUUUUGAUUCAACAGUGUUCUUCUGUAUAGUGGCAUCUUUAUGUGUCACAAGUAUUAUCAGUUUCUUCUUUCUUAACAAUUAUUCUGGUUUCGAAGACGAAAGAGUAUCCCAGGAUGAAAAAAAAGAACUGGCGAAGGAAAACACUGAGAUCGCCGAGGGAUCUCAAAAACAAGUAUCACAAGAGUCUAUGCUGGGGUCGUACUGGAUGGGGUUGUUUAUUCUGAUGGCUGUUAUUAAUAUGUUCUUCAACGGUUUGAUGCCAUCGCUACAAACAUAUUCCUGUUUGCCGUACGGAAGACGUGCGUUUCAUCUGGCCGUGACUCUGGGUACCAUAGCCAACCCGGUAGCAUGUCUGGCGGGAGUGUGGUUCAAGAUGGCGGGUGUACGUUACAUUGCAGCGAUGCUGGUAGUCAGCGCUGGGCUCACUGCCUACAUAACUGUCACCGCCGUCAUGUCGCCUACGCCGCCUCUCUACCAGGAGACUAGUGGUGCUGUGAUUAUUGUAAUCGUAUGGGUGGUUGCCAACGCGCUGAUUUCGUACUCGCGCAUGUGGAUAUAUAGUAAGGCCCGGGAGGGUGGCACCAAGCCUAUGCGGGUCCUGGGCACUAUUGGCCAACUCGGAUCAGCGCUGGGCUCCUUCACCCUGUUUUGGGUCGUCAACUUUGGCAACUUCUUCGAGCAGGCACUGGACUGUCCCAUGCCGACAUAA